AUGAACCUCACCAUAUCAACACUUCUAGUUUUCUUAGCUGGUGUUUGCAAGUUCACAAUUGAGUGUCCCCAGCAGAUGUCGGAUGCUUGUGCGACUUCCGAUGGGACCCUUUACCCAGCGCCGCCAAAUAAUCUUGAUUGUCACAUAACUUCGAGCGAAAUCCACUACUGUUGUCCUUCCGACAAUUUGCCACCAACAUCAUCUGGUGUUCCGCUGAACGACGCAACCCAAUAUCUGGGUUGCGUCAAAUCGUGA